AUGGCGUCUGGCGGCACAAAGAUAUACUCUCAUGGCUUUAGCUUUAGUAGCUUUAUCCAAAAGGGAGUUGAUCCUCGAACCGGCCAAUACACUUGCUCGGUCGAUGUCUUCGACACCCCUUCAAAAGCUUUGAACUGCCCCCCUCUUGUUUUACGUCUCAACUUCAGUCCAUUGGGUUCUGAAGAUGUCGGAUUCGGUAAAGGCUGGUCCUUCAACCUCUCUACCUAUCAGCAUCGUCAGUCAAAACAAAUUUCCCUCUCCACAGGGGAGCAUUACCAAGUCACGGAAACCUCGAAUGGGCUUUCCGUCAAAGAUAAGAAGCUCAAAAGUUUCUUGAUGGAAAAAAUGGAAGAUGGCAACUAUAAAAUAGUGCACAAAUCCGGCGACAUCGAGAUUCUCUCAAACAGGAAUAAUAACUAUAAAGUUUCUGUCCCCAUUCGGCUCUAUACCGCUAGUGGUCGGGUAUUGCACCUGACUUGGGUACGCUCUGGUGAUAUCCCCAAGCUCACUAAGAUCAGCGACGGCAAAUAUGAGCUUAUGAGGGUAGACUAUAACGAUGCAACCACGAAAGUUGUCCACGCACCUGGAAGCUCUGAAGAAUCAACUCUUACCUUCAAACUGCGCGAUUCUCAUCUGAUCGCUGUUCAGUUACCACUUGAUAAUGCGCCUUCCUGGAAUUUUGAAUACGAAACUCAUCAUGGUUUUCUCUGUAUGGGAAGUGUAAGGAGCCCCACUGGCCUGGUCGAGGAUAUUAAAUAUCAGCAAGACGGUCACAGGCUACCGGACGGUGCUCCCUUUCACUAUAUUCCCUACGCUAUUUCGCAUACAGUGCGGCCUGGGAACCAGCAGCCACCUAUCAAAACAUACUACAGUUAUUCGAAUUACAAUUUCCUCGGAUAUGAUGGACCCUCACACUGGAACCAUGGCGAAGACAACCUCUAUCGAUCACGCAGUAACUAUGAGUAUACCAGCACGGUCUCGGAUAAUAACGGACAGACUACCACAUCUACCUAUAACAAGUACCACCUCGUAACCAAAACGGUGCGGAAAAAAAGUUAUAGUAAAACGACGCAAGUCACAGAGUAUCAUGCCGAUGUAUUCAAGGAAUUUAGCGCACAGCCCGCGCACUAUCAGCUACCAAAGACGAUGAGAAUUACGUAUGAGAAUACUGAGGAAAAGCGUUCCCGAACGGAGAUCACCGAGUAUGAGUUUGAUGAUUGGGGAAAUCAAGUUAAAGAGGUUCUGCCGACUGGCGUUAGAACUGACCGCACCUAUUACUCUGAGUCGGGAGACGACAACUGUCCUGCGGACCCCCAUGGCUUCAGGCGCUAUGUAAAGACAGAAACGCUCACUCCCGCAUUGAGCAGUCACGUUUGUCCGGUGCGAAGCUUUCACCACACUUAUCAAUCUCUACCAACAAGCUCGGAAACAGGUUUCCCGGUUUCCAGCGUUGUUGCCCUCAAGAGCAUCGAUGUUCUUCGAGACGAUAAGAUUAUAUCUAAUACGCAGUGCGUUUAUAACAAUGACCACGCGUCUCGCAACAUUGGUCGUCUCAUAAAACGUGUGACCACACUCGGAGGUAAACAUUCCACCACACAGCAAUGGUCUUUCGAUUACACGGAAGACCACCUGACGCAAACCGCAGAGACUGAGAGCAUCGACGGCCAAAAGACAAGUAGCUCAUCUACAGCGUCUCUUGUCUCCGGUCUUUUACUUUCUCAAAAGGAUAUUGCUGGAAUUACUGUAAGUUACGAGUAUGACAAGGUUAAGCAAUUGCUACGAGAAACUACAGCUUUGGGAACGAAAUACGAGAAAUCCAAAAGCCAUGAAUACUAUUUCCCCUACGCUGGCUCCGAUCAAAAGUACCAAACGAUUACGAUCGAUCCUUCUGGUUGUGGGCGAAGAGUUACAUUAGAUGGACUCGGGCGUACUUGUCAAGUUGAAGCCCAGGAUGUUGACGGUAACCUGUCAAGCGACGAAGCGGUCUACCGCAUAAUCCAGAAAGCUUCCUACAACGAACAGGGGCAACCUCUGUCCACAACCUCGUGCGACUGGUUCAGAAACGGAACUGCCGAGCCGACUUCACAGGAAAUAGUCAAGUCUCUAGAAUAUGACGACUGGGGACAAGUCUCCAAAGUGAAAGCAACUUCAGGGCCUACCAUAACUUCCACAUAUGAUCCGAUCGCCCAAAAGCGUACCAACUCGAAUGGUGAGGGAUACGUGACAUCUUACUAUGACGGAUUCGGGGAUAUCACAUCGACGGAAAGAUACUACUCCAAUGGCCAGCUGGAGGGUAAGCAGAAUUUCGUAUACGACGGGCUCGGUCGCCUGGUUUCCCAGAGCAAUGCCCUCGCUGAAACCACCUCUUUGGAAUACGAUGACUGGGAUCGUGUUAUCGAGACAACUUUGCCAGACGGAACGAGGACACGGAAUACUUAUGCAGAUUUCAGCUCUGGCGCUCUCGUAACCCAACUCAAAGCUUUGGGCACGGAUGGUUCCAGCUGCAUUCUUGGUACUCAGAUGUUCGACAGUUAUGAGCGUGUAACCAGCACCACAAAUGGAGGUAAAGAGACGAAGUUUCAAUAUUCAUCUUCUACCUCCUCUAUAGCAUCAACGUUUACUACUCCACGAAAUGACAUUGUCAACGUUGAGACUAUACCAGAGCUCGGAGAUGCCAUAAGCGAAACCCGAACGGGCGGAAUCAUCCAGAAACAUGCAUACGACCCUAAAACAGGGAGAUUGAUCGAAUCAACAGAGGGCUCGUCCAGCAGAAAGUUUGAGUACACCGCAUCUGGGUUAUUGAAACAUGAUUCAAUCUCCUUUGAUGGUAGUUCCGAAGCCAAAACCUCCCUUCAUGAGUAUUCGAUGGGUGGUGUGCCGCAGGACUCUAAAGACUUUUUCGGUCAUACCCAAACCCAUAAAUACGAUUCCGAUGGCCGUCUCCAACAAUUUCAAAACUCGCCAUUCCGGGUCGACCUGACCUAUGACAGCCACAAUCGGACCUCUUCUAUUAGCACCACCGAAGAAGGCUCAGGCUCUAACUUGAAGACGACUAUUGGGUACGAUGACUUUGGUCGUCCCACCACUCGUGAACUAUCUUGGAAUGGUACCUCGGUUUGGCUGUUGAAUCAAAGUUAUAACGCAGGCGACCAGAUCACCCAGCGUAAAUUGACCAAUGGCAGCGAGGCAUUACGAAUAGAACAAUAUAAAUACGAUAAACGAAACCGGUUGAUUCAGUAUACAUGCACGGGCAACCAGGCACCAAAGGACGAUCAAAAGCGCCCCCUUCAGAGACAAGACUAUACAUAUGACUACCUAGAUAACAUCAAUACCAUAGUUUCAAAGUUUAAGGACAGCACAACAGAUACCGCUACAUACGAAUAUGCUAAAUCGGAUGACUCGGUUCAACUAACCAGAAUCAAAUAUUCGAACCCCGAGCGAACAGUAGACUUUACAUACGAUCAGGCAGGGCAUCAGAUCAAAGCCGAAGAGGGCAAAAACUUUGAAUAUGACGCAUCAGGGCGUCAGAUUGGAACUGAAGUUGGCGGUGAAAAAUCCAGUUACGGAUACAAUGGCGGCGAAUUCCAAAGUCAGACCGAAAAAGGAGAGCGGAAACACCUCUACCACCAGGGGAAUAGUUUGAUCGGAGAGAGCACCGAGAAAACCCAGACCAGGUAUCUCAUGUUUGGCAACCAGUGUCUUGGUUGCGAAGUCAGAGAAGGCGAUAAAGUCAGCUACAAGCUGGUGGGAACAGAUAUGGCAAAUUCCGUGCUCACAACAUUUGAUACCAACACCAAAGAGAAAAAGGAUCGAGUAUAUACUCCUUUCGGUGCUCAAUCUCCCGACACUAUCGACGAUUUCUUGAUCGGAUUUAAUGGAGAACGAUAUGACCCUCUUACCCGAGACUACCUACUUGGGGGGUAUAGGGCGUACAACCCUACCUUUGGAAGAUUCCGCUCGCCAGAUAGCAUGAGUCCUUUCGGAAAGGGCGGGUUAAAUUCUUAUGCUUACUGUCUCAAUGACCCAAUUAAUCGGAUGGAUCCUACAGGUCACUUUAGUUUCCUCGGGCUCAAUGGUAGAGAAUGGGCUAUGGCGAUAGUUGGAACAGCUGUGGGAAUAACAGUGGGGAUUGCUACGUGCGGCGCAGGGCUUGCUGUAAUGAUAGGCGCAAGCGUCCUAGCCUCUGCAGCCUCAGAUAUGAUUGUUGGUGCUCUCUUUGACGCCUAUAGUGGGAAAACCCCUACUUUGGAGAGCAUGCUGACCGAUGCUGCAUGGGGUGGAGUAAGUGGCCUUGGUGGGGAAAUCGCAGGAAGAGCUAUUGGAUUCGGCAUAAAAGCUCUCCGAGGAGGGGGGAGGGCAGUUUUCCGAAGAUUCGUUGAGGGAACCGGUAGAGCAAGGCGUUUAAUUGCACGAUACGGAGCUGCAGGACAGCGAAUAAUCGAGCACGAACGCCUUCAUGUUUUCGAUGGUGUGGCUGGCCGGGGAGAUAGCAUUGGCAUAAUGGCGCGUGGCGGGCCUAGCGAGCUAGUAUUGGGAGCCGAAACCUUAACUGCGGAGAAAGCUUGGUCCAAGCAUAUUUCCGACGCCGUAGAACACCUUCACAAUGUACGUGAAAGUCAAGGGCUACCUAAGAUACCGAAAACCGGCGACAUCUACCUUUUCACCGGACACGGUGCGGUAGGGGGUCCCAAGGGCCCUGCCGUGGGUCAAGUUAUAAGCAAGAAAACCGGCAUGCGAACGAUCGCAUUCCACAACGACCCUAAGUAUUCAACGUCUUCAGCGCUCCAUCUUAUUCCGGAAAUCAUCAGCGAUCUGCGGCAGCCGGGUUGGCGAGGAGUCUAUCAAGAUAUAGACGCUGGGGUUUUCGGUAGAUCAGGUCACGAGCCCCCGGUUAGGUUUUAG